UCAGUACUUCUCCUUCUAUUAGAGUCCUUUUAUAGCCAGCAGCGGUCCUUCAGUGACUGCACACGCACACGCAGAGCAGCGUGCUGUCGCGCCGUCGACGGUCGACCCCACGCUGCUUUGCAGUGAGCGGGGCGGGGGUGGUGCCUGCUCCUGCUCCUGCUCCUGCUCCUGCUUCAGCUCCUGCUCCUGCUUCUGCUUCUGCUCGUGCCGCAGACGAGCGGAGCGGCUCGCUGACUGCGCACUCGAACCACAACUCGAAGUUCCAAGUGGGGAGCGAGCGACAAUGGGUGCGGAGAAGGAGAAGUCGGACACGAGCAUCGUGGUGGACGAGGACGAGUUCAACAGGUCAGUCGUACCCAUGCUGGCCCGGAAGGAGGACCGGUUGCCGUCCGCGCACGAAGACCGAGACCCCGACGACGUCAACGCGCACCUCAAGGUGGGCUUCGAUGAUGUCAUCGCCGAGCCGGCAUCCGCUCGGACCUUCGACCGGGUUUGGAUUUGCAGCCACGCCACUUUCGAGGUGGUCAAAUUGGGCCUGUACCGGCUUCUCGGGGCGCUGUUGGCCGUGCCCCUCGCCUUCCUCCUCGGACUCGUCUUCGCCGUUCUCAGCCUCGUGCGCAUCUGGCUGGUGAUGCCGGGCAUCCGGAGCUUCCUGGUGGUUCUGCCGUCCCUGCAGCUGGUGUGGACGAGCCUGACGAACACGUUGGUGGCGCCGUUCUUCCGCAGCCUGGGCACGGGCUCGUCCUCUGUCCACGUGCAGCACGCGGACCAAUGACGGAAUGUCUCGGGGUCUCCGUGGAGAUGUUGCCCAAAAAUUGAUGUUUGGACUUCUCGCGCAGUGCUUGUAAAACUGGGGCCCACCGGGGGCCUACGAGCUAUAGUUUGGGGGUCAACUAAAUAAUUUGCAAUAAAUCAUAUAUUCAUCAUUUAAAAAAGUGCAUACCGACACAUCGUUAGCCUAAUAGCGUAGUCGCCUUGGCAAUUAGGCUAACUAUAUGGAUGAGGAACUUAGCUUUGGGCCAAUUAAAAGCUCUGAUGCGAGUGGGACAUCAACACAUAAAUCUGAAAUCCCUGCAUGAACAAAGUCAUCUUUUUAUUUUUGGAACAAAAGGCUUUUUAUUACAGGAAUAAAGUCUGUUUUUGUUGAAGACAAAGGGCAUAUUUUCUCGAAAAAUAAAGUCUCAUUUUUUGAAGGACAAAAGUAUUUUUUUCUGAGAAUAUAGCCCUUAUUUUCUUUUCUUUUUUUUAACAAUAAAAACAUCCAGAAUAAAACAUGUAAUACGAUGAAAACAAGUUGUUGUUAAAAUAUGACAUUCUCCCCUCGUUAAACUUUGACUUGAAUAUCAUAAUAUUACAACUUUAUAUCCGAAAAAUAUUUAAAAAUAUAUUGAAUAGUUUAUUCUUGUAAGAUUAUGAUUUUUUUUUUUUAUACCUGUAAAAUAUGUUGUAAAGAUUGAUUUUGUUUCUUGAAAAAAUAUGACUUCAUUCCUAAAACAUCCCAAAUUUUUAUCUCUUAAAAAUUUGGAAUUUGUUUCUGGAAAUUGGCAAUUUUCUUUUGCACUUUUCCAAAAUUUCUACGGCAUUUAAGGGUACGCGUGGUAGUUGUGUUUAAUUGUUUUAAAUGACAAGAGUCAUCAUGACUUCUCAGUGGAUAUAAGUGGAGAGACCUUUAAAGUUUGAAUUUAAUAUCACAAUAUUACGACUUCAUGUUGGAAAACUUCAACUUUAUUCUCACAAGAUAAUGACUUUUACACUGACACUACUGUAUCAGUCUUUGUUCUUGUUAUGAUGAUUUUUUUUUUUUACCCCCUUGGGAAAAAAAAAUGCCUUCCUUUAACAUUUCAACUUUUCCUUUUUAAAAAAUAGGAAUUUCUUAUCAUAACGACGAAAUGAAAAUAGGCCUUUUUUGCAAUUAAAGAAAUCUUAUUGCAUUUAGAGGUACACGUGGUAGUUAUGUUUAAUUGUAAAAACAAAACAAAAAAAAAACAAUGGUCAGUCUUACUCAUCCAUAGAUUUAAGUGAAAAAAGCCUUUUAAAUUUGACUUUAAUAUUAUAAUAUUUUGACCUUAUCUUGGAAAAAAAUCUGACUUUAUUCCACGUAAGAUUAUGACUUUUUAUUCCAAUAAAAUUUUGCGAUUUAAGUGAAAGUCUUUUGGAUGAAACCUCUUUGUGGCUAAACAUGUCCAAUUUGUGCUCAGAUCAAUUCUGUUUGGAUACCAGAUUGUUUUUGUUUGUUUGAUUUUGUUUUUAAAACUAUGAACAAAAGUACAGGGAUGCAUAUGCAGGUGUCCCAGGCUGCGGAGUGAGACAUAAUGCUGAGUCAUGUUAUGUUGGUUUUAAAUAUAUAUUGUAAGACGAACGGGGAGGGGAAGAUGUAUGCUUGUCGCACAUUUACGGGCUGCUUCUUUUUUGUCUGCUUCUGAACAUCAAACUAAUAUAAAUAAAUAGGAUUGUUCUAUG